AUGCUCCGCUCCGCCCUUAGCUCGCUUGGGCUGUUCCGUCGACCGACGCCGUCGUUCGCUCCGGCGGCGGCUGUCUCGCCGAUUGCUGCGAUGGGUGUGCGGUUCCGUGGGCAGUUGGCGCCGAGGAGAACAAAGUACCGCAAGAGCCAGAAGGGCCGUCCAUCUUUCCCUACUGGCGGCUCCAUCAAGGGCACAACGCUCCAGUUUGACGGCUAUGGCCUUCGCCUGCUCUCGGCGGUCCGCCUGACGGCCGCGCAGCUCACCUCGAUCCGCGAGUCGGUCAAGCGCAAGAUCAAGCCGAUCAAGGGUGCUGAGUUUUACCUCCGUGUCUUCCCCGACGUCCCCGUCUGCGUCAAGGGCAACGAAACCCGUAUGGGCAAGGGCAAGGGCGCCUUUGAGUAUUGGGCGUGUCGCGUCCCCGCCGGCCGCGUCGUGAUGGAGGUUGCUGGCGGCGACAUCCGUGAGGAGGUUGCCAAGCAGGCCCUCAAGCUCGCCCAGGUCAAGAUCCCCGUCAAGACCGAGUUUAUCUCGCGCAAGACGCCGCCACGUCUCGGAACACUCGUGUCUGGCGAGCUCAGCAAGCCCGAGGAGGCGCAGAAGCUCGUGACCGUUCAGCCCCAGCUCAGCCCCGUGCUUCAGAGCUUGCAAGCGCGGUCUGCGGCUGCGUCGACAUAG